AUGAGUUCUGUUAUUUUUUCACUGCUGGAGAUGACCAGUAACAAUGACCCUAUGUAUUCUUUUCCUUCCUCUAACCAAUACCCUUACACUAACCCUAUUACUCCUCCAACGUAUCCUUCAAAUUACCAGUACCCAUCUGGAGCAUACUACCUACCACCUCCCCAAACUGCAGUACCCUUUCCUGCACCAUAUGAUCAGCACCACGUCAUGGGUAUGGACCCUUCAGCACUGGCAUUUGUCGGUGCUUGGUAUCCUUCUUGCGGGUAUUGUGCGCCCAUAAUGGAGAUCGAUGUUCAUAUCAAGAAAGAAACCUUGAAGAUCGUGCCCGAUCAAGAAGAUCCUGAAAAAUUUCUUGUUGAAUUCACUUUUGAUGCCUUUGUUGCUUGCAGCAUUACCCUUUCUGUCUUUGAAGAAUUAGGGGAAGACAUGAAUCCAACAAUAGAAGACCUGAUUCCAUCAAUUACAGUGGAUUUCCCACAAGGUUUCGGUCAGAAAUUCAGACAAAAGUCCGGGACUGGAAUUGACCUUAGCUUAUAUCGGGUAAAUGAUUGCACAGAGGUAUACCAUUUACAAAUUAAGGCACAGGAAAGUCGAUGCAUAUCAGAAGAUGGAAGUAUGAUUAGUGGAAGUAUUAUUUCCCAAUAUACUCUAGCAGAGUUUGAGAAGGAGAAGGGUGAAUGCCAGGUUAGGGUUACAAGCCAGUUCUUAAAGGUGAACAAUGUGGAGUAUGAUAUCGGUGGAUGUGGUAUUUAUUUUUGGAAUGAUCCUGGUGAACAAUAUCGUAAAAUUGGGAAGUUAUUGGUUUCUAAUAUAAAAAUUGGGAUGGGGAGUAGUGGUACGAUUGUAUUUAAGGGAAGUUAUGAUGAUAGGGAAGUUGCUGUGAAAAGGAUUGUGAAGGAACAUUAUGAUGUUGCAAUGAACGAGAUUGCAAAUCUGAUUGCAUGUGAUUGGCAUCCUAAUAUUGUUAGGUAUUAUGGUGUGGAGAAGGAUCAAGAUUUUGUUUAUGUUGCUCUUGAGAAGUGUGUAUGUAGCUUACAUGAUUUGAUAUUGUCACAUGGUAAUUUGGGUGUGCAAUUGGAACCCACAAUAGAUGUUUUUAAGGAUUUGAAAUUGUGGAAGCCUAAUGGGUAUCCUUCAUCUACUUUGUUGAAUUUAAUGAGGGACGCGGUUAAAGGACUUGCCCAUUUACAUGAACUUAAAAUCAUUCAUCAUAUGGGUAUUAGCAGACGCCUAGCUGCGGAUAAAUCUUCAUUAACCAAAAGCACAACUGGCAACACCGGGUGGAAAGCACCCGAACGACUACGGAAUGAAAGACAAAGGCGUUCUGGGGAUUUAUUCAGUCUUGGGUGUCUGGUUUUCUUCUGUAUCACUGGUGGUAAACACCCGUUUGGUGAUGUGCUUGAGCGUGAUAUAAAUAUUUUGAAGGGAAAAAGAUAUCUAUCAUCCGUAGAAAAGAUUCCGGAAGCCUUUGAUCUUAUCUCUCGUCUCCUAGAUCCUGAUGCAGAAUCCAGGCCAAAAGCCACAGAAGUAUACAACCACCCUCUAUUCUGGGACCCUGAAAAACGUAUCUCCUUCCUUCGUGACUCAAGUGACCACGUAGAACUAGAAGACCCUGGUUCUAAUCUCCUAAAAUCACUCAAACACAUCAAGCAUUACAAGGACUGGAACCAAAAAUUAGACAAAACGCUCAUCACAGACAUCGAGCGUUGGAGAGUGUACAACUAUAACAACGUACGUUGUUUAUUACGAGCCAUAAGAAACAUAUAUGGUCACUAUGGAAAUCUCUCAAAAGAGUCGCAAAGUUUGUUUAGGAAGGACCCCACAGAAAUCGAUGGAUAUUUUAGCAGCCUGUUUCCAAAACUUGUUAUGGAUGUGUAUAAAGUUUUGAAAAAGAAUGGUGUGGAAGGUGAGAUUCAUGAUAAGUAUUAUAAACAAUAUCAGUUUUAAGUUUUAUAUUUGCGGAAAAUGUCAAUGUACUUUAUAUCCUGCCCUUAGGCUAAAUGUUGUAGAUAGCAGUGUAUUUUUAUUAAUUUGUGUAUUGUAAUAUUGUAAUUCUUAUUUCUUUAUGUUACUUUCAUUUUUUUAGUAAGGCUUUGUAUUUGAAAUGUAUCCAGUUAUAGCAUUCUACUUUCAUUUGUUAUUAGGACAUUAUAUAUUGAGUAUUCUAUCU